CUCUCAUCCUCGCGUCACCUGAACUAUAUAUAUAUGUGGACGUGUAUAUAUAGGCCGGUGAUCAAAUAGACAUUUACUCCGAUAUAUCGCGGUCGAUCGUUGUGAAAAAUGUCGGCCCUUGUCAGGUCCGUGGCGUCGCUCUACUGCCAGGGGCUCCGGCGAACCGUCCGCCUCGGCGGCGGCGCCACCGCGGGGACACCGGCGGCGCGAGCACCGGCGCUGGAUCAACGGAGGCCGUUCUUGUCCAGGGUGGAUCGCAUAGAGGCCACCACCGGCGGCGGCGGCGGCGGCGCGGCGGACACGGGAGGAUCACCGCGCCGGCAUGGCAAAGAAGGAACAGCCCCUCUCUUCACCUGGGCAAGAUUGGUCGUCGUCCUCGCCGCCAUGGCGCCGUUCUUGCAGUCCAAGUGGGCGACGCUUCUCCGAAUCCAAAGCGAGGUGGAGAUGGUGAAGGACGCGGCGGAGACGGCGGCGGAGGUGGUGGAGGAGGUGGCCGCGGCGGUGGAGAAGGCGUCGGCGGAGGUGGCGGAGGCGGAGCAGCUGCCGGAGCACGGGGCGCUGCGGCGGGCGGCGGCGCUGGUGGAGCGCGCGUCCAGGGAGGUCGCCGAGGAGGCUCAUCUCGCCCACGACAUCAUCCACAAGGUUGACGAAAUCGAAGAGGACGUGAAGACGAUGAUCGAGCCGAUUAUAGAUAAUCACAAGCAUGGCACAAGAGGCACCAUUAAGAAGCACUAAAUUUUCAGAGAACUCAACUUCAGCUCUGUACAAAUGUUCAGAUUGUUUGUGCAAAACCUCUUAGGUCUUUAGCCAAUAUUCGUCGAAUCGGUUAAUUCAAUUGUUAAUAUUCCCCUGUUAAGCAGAGCAACAAAUGGGAGAAGAAUUUAUCAAACUUUUUCAGAUAAUGUUCUACGAAAUUACUUCACUUAUCUUCUAUGAAGCAUGUAAUGAUAAUCAUUUCCGCUUGAAAAAAAACCCGAAUAAUAUCUCAUUUUCAAUCAA